UGCCACCACCGCGAUGGCAGAUCGCAAGCCACCAUGAGCCUCGCAUGGCGUUCGCAGACGCUCUCGUCGCUCACGGCGACCGACAUGUACAAGAUCCUCCAGCUGCGAGCCAACGUUUUCAUCGUGGAGCAGAACGGCGUCGUCUUGGACCCGGAUGGGCUCGACCUGCUCGAGUCGUGCCACCACGUCAUGGGCACGAACGCCGACGGCGCCAUUAUGGCCUACGCGCGUGUGCUUGGCCCUGGCACGAAAGGCCCAGCGCAAACAGUGCCCGUGAUCGGCCGCGUCGUUGUCGCCAAGGCGGCCCGCGGGACGGGCCUCGGACGCCAGGUCAUGCACGAAGCUGUCGCGGCCGCACAGCGCGCGUACCCUGGCCAAGGUUGCCAGCUCGGCGCGCAAGCGUACCUCGAAACGUUCUACAACAGCCUUGGCUUUGCGCGUCUUCCGGGCUCGGCGCCCUACGACGACCAUGGCAUUCCGCAUAUCGACAUGAAGCGCGAGUAGUUGACCGUCUUGAUUGUUGCUUCAUAACAAUGUUUUUUGCAUCCAUUAUAUAUGAACGUGUUCCGCGUUAUCUUCAUUAUGACACAAA